ACAUUGCGCCUCUUGACGACGCAGCCUCUCGCCGCAGGCUGCGGACGCAGCGCUGCUGGUGGGAGUGGACGUCUGCUCGCCCUUCCGGCUGCGCGCUGGCGCGCCGGCGGAGUACGCCGGGCUGGUGAGCGCGUUCGAGGGCGUCCUGACGGCCGACGAGUGGGCGGCGGUAAGGGGAGAGGAGGCAGAGGGCGAUGCGGACGACGCUGCCGCCUCUGCCGCAGGGGCUGCCGCAGGGGAUGCGACAGGGGCUGCCGCGGGCGGGGAGGCGAGCGCGCUCCCCGCGGCGGAGGCGGUUUGCGUAACUCGCUUCCGCCGGCAGUGGUCGCGCAAGGAGGCGUACGUCAAGGCUCGCGGCGACGGGCUCGGCUUUGCACUCCGCCGCGUCGAGUUUUGCGAUUGCCCGCCACCACGGCCGCCGGAGCCGGAGCAACAGCAGCCACAAACGCAACCACAACAGCAGCCGGAGCCGCCGAAGCCGCAGCCGCAGCCGCCGCAGCCGCCGCAGCCGCCGCAGCCGCCGCAGCCGCCGCAGCCGCAGCCGCCGCAGCUGGCGCAGUCACCGCAGUCACCGCAGCCGUCACUAGGACAGGGGCAGGGAGAGGGGCAGAAGGAGCCGGUGGCGCCGCGGCAGGCGCGGGGGAUGGAGCCAUCUCUGUCGGCGGCGGGGAGCGACCCGGAUGGGGCGGAGGCCCCGCCCGAGUCCGCUGCCCCGCCUCUCCCUCUCUUCAGCCGCCUCUACCUGGACGAGCAGCUCUGCGACGAGUGGACCUGCUGGUCGCACGAGCUGCCGGGCGGGCACGUGGCCUCGGUGGUGCGGGGGCCGGUCGGCGCCGCGCAGGACGAGGAGGGUGCCUUCCGCGCCACGUUUGGCCACCCAGCCCUCCCCGCCGACGAGCUGGCGGCGAGGCUGGCGGCCCGCCCACCGCCCUUCGUGGCCGUCACCGUGCGCGAUCUGGUGCCAGAGCACCGCCGAGCCGACUACGACGCGUCGGCCGCACCCGAGGGUGCGCCUUGGACGCCGCCGCCGCCGGCGGCGCAGAGAGGCGAGCCGGAGCCCUUGCCGGCGUGGGUCAAUCCGGCCAACCGCGGCUCUGGGGCCGAGGUGGAUGAGCUGUGCACCGUGAGCUGAUGAGUGAUGUGCGUAUAGUGAGUGUGAGAGCACAUAGCGCAGUGUACAGCACAGAGCAGUGUGCCUACCUAUGUCUCACAUGUCAAGUGAAUCUUCAAGUGUCAACAGUCGUCCCCCUGAGCAUGUAUCAACCUAAUGAACUUAUGUGUUC